AUGGCUAGUCUCUUGAACAUUCCUUCGCAGGAAAUAAUAAAGGAGACACUUCUCGCAAUGCCAAAUAAUAAAGCGCCGGGUCCGGACGGCUACACUAAAGAAUUCUUCGUUAGUUCAUGGGAAAUCGUGGGAGCUGACCUAGUGGCAGCAGUUCAGAAAUUUUUCCGAAGCCGCCAGUUAUUGGGUCAAAUUAAUGCUACCACAAUCGCCUUGAUACCGAAACGUCCGGGAGCGGUUUCACUAACCGAAUUUCGACCGAUUAGCUGCUGCAACCUUGUCUACAAGCUCAUCUCUUCUAUCCUGGCUAAAAGAAUACUUGAGGCGCUCGGCAUACCAUUGGCGUUCAUUAGUCUGAUUAAGGCAUGCAUCACCACACCCCGGUUCUCGGUCUCAAUCAAUGGAGAGUUGGCAGGCUUCUUCGAAAGCCAACGAGGUCUCAGACAGGGAGACCCUUUAUCUCCAUACCUCUUCAUCCUAGCUAUCGAAGUCCUCUCAAAGUUGCUUGACAGAGCAUCCUCCGAAGGAACACUAAAGUCACACUCCAAGUGUGGACGACCGAGAGUCACUCAUCUGGCUUUUGCGGACGACGUGAUUAUAUUCUCCAAAGCUGACACUGGCUCUCUGGCUGAGAUCAAACAAAUAUUGAACGAGUUUGGGCAUAUAUCAGGUCUAGACGUAAAUGAGGCUAAGUCGGAAGUGUUUUUCAGUGGAUUAACGGAGGCUGAAGUUUCCCCACUCCUACCCAUAUUGGGUUACAGGCACGGCACCUUCCCGAUACGCUAUCUAAGGGUUGCAAAUUGGAGUGCCACAUUCCUUCUCCCCAAGUCAGUACUUACGACUAUCAAGAGCCUCUGCGCGACUUUUCUUUGGGCGGGUUCUUCACAUUCUGCUCGUAGAUCACCCUCGAGGGUCGCUUGGGAGACGAUUUGCAGGCCAAAGAAAGGAGGACUUGGCAUCAGAACUCUAAAGGAUCUGAACAUGGUCCACCGGCUAAAGCUCGUAUGGAGAACACUAAGUGACAGAGGCUCUUUAUGGGCUAGAUGGCUGAAGCAGAACGUAUGGAAAAAAAAGAGCUAUUGGACAACAACCGUGUCAAAUCGGCUAUCAUGGAAUCUCAGAAAGCUACUCUCAAUCCGACAAGAAGUCAAAUCAUUUUUGCGCAUGGAGCUCGGGGAUGGAACAAACACUAUGUUCUGGCAUGAUACUUGGUUAGUUGAGCGCCCUUUGCUUGAUGUAACAGGAAAUGCAGGUCCGCGUCUUAUGCGCAUUGGUCUGGAUGCAACUGUGGCAGAGGCAUGCCGAAGUGGACAUUGGUCAGUCCCAGGAGCGCGGUCUGAUGCGCUUGAAUCGAUUCUUAUCCGUCUGACGACAGUGCAGGCACCUACCGCAGAUCGGGGACCAGAUAUAGCUACUUGGAAGCACAAGCCCGGAGAAUUUAAGAGGGAAUUUUCGACUGCAAACACAUGGGAGUUGAUAAGGGAGCAUUCAAUCGAAGUAGAUUGGUACCAAACCACUUGGUUUAAGCAUGCGUUCGCAGGUUUGGAGUCCAAUGGCAAGCUUAUGCCUACUCUCGCCACCAUCAAUUGUAGUCCAAGUUCCUACAUGGUUGAGCAAUACAACCAACUGCAUGGUGAAUCACAGAGCAUUCUUGGCAAAACUGAUUGUGCAAGCAUCCGCCUAUUACUUGUGGAAGGAGCGAAACCGAAGGAUAUUCACCGGAGAACGCAGAUCGGCAGCCCACAUCCGCCGCGAAGUCGACCGAAGCAUUAG